UCGGCGUAGGUUCUCCAUAGUGACGCGCUACGCCAUCUUGCAUUCAGCGAGCGUCGAGCUCAGCAGAAACGCAGUUCGCGCUCCGCCGCUAUACCAAGUUACCAAGUGAAAUUUCGGAGAGAUGAACAGUCAGAGCUCCCGCAACGAAACGGCAGCCGCCGCGGUUAACGGCUCGGAUUCAACGGCGGCGGCUCCCCGAGACCGCAAAACCGGAGGCGGUGUUCUGAAAAGGCUGAAAUCGCGACGAAGUCAAGUGGACCGGCGACCUGUAACGGAGGAAGAGCUGCGGGCGCUGGGGAGAGACAUCACUCCGGAUGAAGUUUUGGGACUCCGCGCAGUCACUCGCGACUAUCUGUGUAAACCAGAGGACAACAUCUACAACAUUGACUUUACACGGUUUAAGAUCAGAGACCUGGAGACGGGAACGGUCCUUUUUGAGAUUGCCAAACCACCACACUGUGAUCUUGAUGAGGAGGAUGAGGAAAACGGAGAGGUUGACACCAGUGCCGGGCGCUUCGUCCGUUACCAGUUCACACCUGCGUUCCUUAAGUUAUGCACAGUCGGAGCCACGGUGGAGUUCACAGUUGGCGAUCGACCUGUUACCAAUUUCAGAAUGAUUGAGAGGCAUUAUUUUCAAGAUCGCCUCCUGAAGAGUUUCGACUUUGACUUUGGCUUCUGUAUCCCGAACAGCCGGAACACGUGUGAACAUAUUUACGAGUUUCCUCAGCUCCCAGAUGACCUCAUUCGAUUGAUGAUUGAGCACCCGUAUGAGACCAGAUCAGACAGUUUCUACUUUGUGGACAACAAACUCAUCAUGCACAACAAGGCAGACUACGCUUACAAUGGGGGCCAGUAGUGCCUCUUCAACAGGAAACCUGACGAUUGUUUGUUGGAGUGACCGUGUGGUUUUGCGUGGAAUGCAAAUACAGGACCGCCCCUCACUACCAGCUACACACGGUGUUGUCACCAGCAUUACGAUCUGGCACCAUCGACCCACCCAACUGGAAAUGACCUUCCCUCAGUGAAGUUCCUGCAUUCCAUAGACUGCACGCACUACUUGUGGGUUUGGCCAAAAAAAAGCGGAGCCUUUCUCCUCCGCCACACUCGACUAGCCGGAACUGAAGAAUUGUCCUGUCAUCCUGCUUUAGGGCGACUACAAUAGAGGAGUUUUUGUUUUGUAACUUUUGUUGUCUUACUUCCUGCACCCACCACCUUUUCUCCAGUUUUGUGAGAUUUUUAAAGCUCUGAAGUUUUGUUAACAAACUCAAUCUUGAUUAUCUGAAUGGGGUCUUUCUAAAUGUGCUAAAAUGAAGCAAUCCUGCCACAUAUAUCUUUGGUUAUUAAACAAAAAGAGGAGUUUUGCACCGAUUAGAUUUGCAGUUAAUGAUGAUCAUUAAAGUGAUAGAACGGAUAUUGCGGUAUAUUAUUGAGAGAGUUCUGUUUAUCAGAGCCAACACUAUUGCAACACUCUCAGACAUGUGAUCAGGGUUAGUAUGUCAAGUUAAAGAGGAUGUGAUCUGUUUUUUUAUGUGUGUGUGACCAUAACCCUAAACAGUUGCAGGUUUUUGUUUAACUACACUCCUGUUCAAAAGUUUGGAUUCAGUAAUAUUUGUAAUGUUUUUGGAAGAAGGCUUUUAUA